CAAUUAUUUGAUAGCGGUCAUUCUACAAGUAAACAGAUUUUGUAGCAGCCAGAAUUCGGAUAUUCACAGGGGCAGAUGCAGACUCUGAGAUCGAAACUGCAAUGGAAUUUCUAUUUUUCGCUUUGAGUUGCUGUUGGUUAAGUACAUUGGUCGCUGCCAAUGGAAACGCUUCCGAUACAUUUGGAACAUGGUACCUGGACGGUAAUGACAAAGGCACUAAGGCAGUAAGCCGAUACGCUGGUGCCGCGUACCAACCCUCUUCACCCUUCACAGAGGCACUGUAUCUGGAUGACAACUCCUAUGCCACGAUUAAGCGUGCGGAGAUAUGGAACACUGACUUCACCUUGCACACGUACAUCAAGAGUACUGGAGGUGGCGGACAACGCAGAACCAUCCUUGCAAGUUGGGAGACCGCAAAAUGGCUGUUCAUGUUCAGAAUAACCCUAGCUAACCAACUGAAAGCUGUCAUUCGUCGAAACAAGUACAACACAGGGAGCGACCGUAGACAGGACAUGGUCAGUGUUACUGGAGGUAACAUAGAACUCAACCAAUGGUACUCAGUUGCAUUUAGCUGGGAACGACAGACAGGCGAGAUGAAAGUCUAUAUCAACGGGGUGGAGGUGGCAUCGAAGCGGACCACGUACCCAGACCGCGAUCUGAUGAGGACUUCAGCCUCUACUUUCCAAAUUGGCUACAAGGCCGAUGGACGACACGAUUUCUUCAAAGGGUACAUUGCCGAGCUGACCAUUACAAAUGAUGUCACCAAAACAUGCAUUUUAUCAGAAUGGGCCAAAAGAAUUGCCCCAAAGCCUGCUUCAAACACGUUUGGAAAAUGGCGCCUUGACGGCAGUGAUGGCGGUAACAAAAACGUUAGCCGAUAUGUUACUGCAGCCUAUCAGCCUUCAGCACCCUUCGCCGCGACACUCUAUCUCGAUGGAAACUCGUACGCGACGAUUAAGCGGGCGGCGAUUUCGAACGUAGACUUCACCAUGCACACGUACAUCAAGAGUACUGAAGGUGACGGAGAGUACAGGACCAUCCUUGCAAGUUGGGAGGCCGCAAAAUGGCUGUUCAUAUUCAGAAUAACCCCAGGCAAUCAACUCCAAGUUGCUCUUCGUCGAAACAAGUACAACACAGGGAACGACCGUAGACAGGACAUGGUCAGUGUUACUGGAGGCAACAUAGAACUCAACCAAUGGUACUCAGUUGCAUUUAGCUGGGAACGACAGACAGGCGAGGCGAAAGUCUAUAUCAACGGGGUGGAGGUGGCAUCGAAGCGGACCACGUAUCCAGACCGCGAUCUGAUGAGGAGUUCAGCCUCUACUUUCCAAAUUGGCUACAAGGCCGAUGGACGACACCAUUUCUUCAAAGGGUACAUUGCCGAGCUGACCAUUGAUAACGAUGUUCUCAAAACAUGCAUUUUAUCAGAAUGGGCCAAAAGAAUCGCUCCAACAACGACCACGACUAAUCCCACACCACAACCGGAACCUGCUCCAACAACGACCACGACUAGGCCGUCAUCGCCAACGGAACCAGCUCCAACAACUACCACAACUAAUCCCUCGCCACCACCGGUACCUGUUACUCCUGGCACAACAGAUAGAGAAGUUCCCGAGGCGCUCCGACUGUGCACCAUGUCCAGAGUGAACAACGCAAGGAUGCUUUCAACCGACAUAGAAUCCCUCCCCGAGAUCCAGACGGAGGGCGCAUGCGCUGCAAAAUGCCUUGAAGUUCCGCUAUGCGACAGUGCCACCUUUAGGAACGAGUCAAAGGAGUGCAUUAUUCAUCCGCGGAGGGAUUUUAUGAUGGGUCAAAUGGCGCGGGAAGGUUGCUGUGUGUUGUUUCGGAAGGAGUGUCCAUUACUGAGAAAUCUUGGUGUACCUCCCCCCGAGCAGAUCCUCUGCCCCGUAGACGCAGGCCUCCCUCAGCCUUCCCAGAAGUACGCCUAUAGGCAAUUGAGAUUCGUAAAGAACUACGACGUUGGGGCCUACUCCUGCCGUAUCGACACGCUGUGUGCUGGCUUCUCAAGUGAAAAAUCAGCAGUUUCCACCGAUCUGCAUUUCACCUACUACUACAAUUCGACCCCCGAGGAAGGUGCCCAGACUUCGAAUCAAGUUUCAAGUGCGAAUGCUGUGAAGAAUUGUAAGCCAAACGGUCAGGUAUGUCGACUCGUGACCGCUCUCUUCAACAAACGUCCGAGCAAUGCCGAUCCGUACUCCACGGUUCCAGGGGUCGCCACGCAGGCGGACUGCCUUGCCAGAUGCGAGAAGGCCAGCGUGUGCACAGUGGCAACCUUCAUAGAUUCCAGCGAGAAAGAGUGCAUGUUAUACACCGACUUCUACAUCGAGGGAGGCCUCGGGACUAUGGAGUUCGAGGUGUACCGCGGUAUCGGAAAGGCUAUGACAUGGUUCAAAGACAUGCAAUGCAAUGUUGUUUAUACUUAAGAAUGAAAAUGAACAGAAAAACGACAAAUACAGCUAUGGUAGUCUAACUGAUCGAAGUUAGGAAUGGGCUACCGAAAGGCGUGUUGUUGACAAAAAAUUAAUGUAUAAUGGAGCGCUAAAAUCACUACGUCUGACCUCAUUACAUUAGUCUAGAUUACCUAAGGUGUAACGUGUCAUUGUUCACUUUCCAUGGGCGACACGAAUAACAAACAAGUCAUUUCCAAAGAGCGGGCUACAUACGAGGACACAUUUCACCCUCACGUCUAUAAGUACGUCAGUUAACUCGUGAUAAGUGAAACAUGACAAGUGACAACGUGAACCUUAAUCAUAUAUAUACAACUCCGGCCGACGAUCGACGAUUUCUGCCUCUUCAUGUCAAGUUAACUAUUAUGCACAGGAUGUUUGGAUGUCAUUUACAGAUUAAACAUGUUAAAUAGACAAGACAAUGGGUGAUAUGAAUAAAGGCUAGCAAAUGCUUUUACUUCAAUUUUGUACAGAAAGGCCAAGUGUAAAUGUACAUGGAGUUUUAGAUAAAAGCAUUUACUACUCUUUAUUCAUAUCACCCAAUAGGUUGGCGAUACCAAGUUAACCGACGGUCAUGAAACCAUAUUCUAGAGACUGGCCAGCCUGAUGACUUUUUCUUGGGCAAGAGGGGAGCUACGGUCCACUUGAAGGGGGCAUUAUGCUUUCUCUGGUUUAGACGCCAUGGUACAAGGGACCCAUGUCUAACGAUUUUUAUGGGUUAGUUGUUGUGCUAAAGAACAGUCAGAUAAGACAGUGGUGGUUCUUUCGAGAGUCGACCUCAAGCCCUCCUGAUUUUGAACUUAUCCAAUAUGUCAUUGGUCCCCUGAACCGGCCUGCCCCGCCCCACUACAAGAGUACAGCGUAGCGGAUCGGAGCGUAUUUUAAUCGGCUACUGGUCCCCCUGCGUCUAACACCAUCUUUGACUUUUCGGGUGUUUCGGAUGUUCGCCUGUCGCCGCCAUGCAGCGCGCUGAUGAUGAUGAAAGGUCAGUCAGGUAUCAAGUCCCGCGGAUUAUAAGGUAUGUUAUGUCCGCUUCGGGAUUAUCUUGGAUCAGACAUCAGUAAAUACACCACCAUUAUGAUUAUUACUAAUAGGAUACAGGAUGCUGAAGCUAAAUGUCCAUUAGUAGAAUUGGACUCGUUACGACGCUAUGUAGGGCAAGUUGAGUCCGACCCCGAAAGAUCUCCGAGAACAUCACUUUCUGUUGAACGAUGUUUGAAAUUUGAACUUGAUGUUAAGAUUUUCCAAUUCUUUACACAAAGACUGAAGCUAUACAUUUCAACAACGAAAUAAAUGUCGAUCCGAAAGCAAGCUCGGGUAAAAUCUA